UACGUUACACAGAGUGUCCUAGAUUCAGAUCAAUCUUUGCCGUCUGUUCCCGCCGUCAGCCUCACAAACCACUGAGUCCUGAGGAGCCAUGCUUUUCUACAGCACAAUUCUCUUGCUGGCAGCGACCGGUCUGCUCACACAUGCAGUGGCCUCAGAGAUGAUGACCUCCUGUGUGAACUUUGCUGUACAUCGUCUGAGCUGUGACGUUGGGGUGAUCAGUGUUGAGAGCGCGCUGUAUGGACGGGCAGACUUUGUGACCUGCAGCGGGGGGAGACCUCCUCAAGAGCUGUCCAACACAAACUGCUCUCUGCCGACAGCUCUGGACGUCAUUAAGGCAAGAUGUAACGGGAAGAAGGUCUGUGAACUCAGCGCCCAAAUCUUCACCUUCGUACCUGAUCCAUGCGAAGGCACCUUCAAGUACCUGCAGACCAAACACACCUGCUUACCCGCAAUCCAGCGUGUGACAUGUGAGCACUCCAUGGCACACCUCCGGUGUGAUGAAGGACUGGUGAUUUCAAUUCAUUCGGCUGAUUUUGGACGUCGCGACCAGUCCACAUGCUCCUUUGGACGGCCGGACUCUGAGCUCCGAAACACUGAGUGUUUUCACCAUGUCAGCUUAAUUGCUAAAAGAUGUAAUGGGAAAAACUCCUGUAGCAUGAGAGUUAGCAGCUUAGUGUUUGGAGACCCCUGUUAUGGCACGUACAAGUACCUGGAGGUGACUUAUUUCUGUCAGUGUAAGUAA